AUGCUGCUGGAGACUGGGGCUAAUCCGGGGGCCAGCAACAACGGCGGAUUCACGCCGGUGUAUGUUGCAUCUCAGUUUGGACAUGUCGAGGUUCUCAAGCUCCUACUCGGGGCCGGGGCGGAUGCUCGAACGUCGGCUACCGAGGACAACUGCACAGCUCUCUUUAUUGCCUCUAGCAGAGGCCAUCAAGAGGCUGUAAAGUUGUUACUCGAGAAUGGUGCUUCCAUCGAAGCUGGACGUCUUUUGGAUAAAUCUUCCCCCCUUUUUGGGGCGUCGGCGGGAGGAUUUCUUGGCAUUACGAAACUGCUUCUCGACAAUGGGGCCAACCCUCAGGCCACCUCCGUACUCCUGCAGACGCCGCUUUUCAUGGCGACGUACUUUGGACACAUGGAUAUCGUGGAGCUAUUGAUCGAACGAGGGGCCAAUGUGAACGAAAGAAUAGCGCCCCUGAAGGCCGCGGCGCAGCAGGGCCAUACUGACAUUGUCAAGUUGCUGAUCAACCUCGGCGCUGAUGUCAACUUCACUGGUUUCGUGUUUGGUUCGAAUCCGCUGAGCGAAGCCAUCAAGAACGGGCAUAACGACGUCGCAAGGGUGCUCAUCGAAAACGGCGCCAAGAUCAAUGGCGUCGAUGAGACCGAAGGUGGGAAUCCACUGAAUGUGGCCGUCCGAUAUGGACGUACGGACGUUGCCAAGAUGCUGAUAAUCGAACAUGGAGCUGAUGUCAAUGCCAUCUCCCUCCGUGGAGUGGGAACGCCACUACACACCGCCAUUAAAAAUGGACAUGUUGAGCUGGCAAAACUGCUACUGGACCAUGGUGCCGACAGAAAGGCUCCAGAUUGGGAAGGAUGUACACCAAUAUCUCUGGCUGCCAACAGCGGGGAUGAGAGGUGGCAGUGGCUCAAGUAG